AUGUCUUCAACCGCUACUAUCACUCAGGCGGCCUCGGCCAAUCCCAACUUGCAUGGCAAUGGUCGCAUGCGCGUCGAUGGCACGGAUCAACACUACGGUGACUUCCGUGACGAUCUUACUCGCGAUGGCUUUGCUAUCGUCAAGGGUGCCAUUCCACGCGAGAAGGCCGUGAAGUACUCUGAGGAGAUGUACUCAUGGUUGGAGAACUUCAAUCUGGGCUUCGACCGCAAUGACCUCUCCACUGUGCACAAGGACAAGCUUCCGCUCAUUAACGAGAAGGGAAUGUGCCUUCACUACGGCCUUCCCCACGAAGACUUUGUGUGGGGAAUUCGCAGUGAGCCUGGUGUGGUUAGUGCUUUUGAGAAAAUUUACGACGAUGAAGACCUGAUUGUCUCCUUUGACGCGAUCAAUUUCCAAUUCCCUAAGUAUGACAUCCCAAGUAUCUCUCUUUAUGAGAGCCAAUUAACUGACACAGAGUGUUAUAAAAGCCGCACCGAUAUUGCCCCCAACAAGCCUUGGCCUCACCAAGACCAGAACCCCGAGAACCACGGUUUCCGUUGCAUGCAAGGUCUUGUCAACCUUCUCCCGAAUGGGCCUGAUGAUGGAGGUCUCAUCGUUUGUCGUGGUGGUCACCUUCUCUCCGAGGAAUUCCACCGCGACAUGGCUGACGAAGAGCGAAUUCCUGCCUGGACCCCUGAAUGGUACGGCUUCACCGAGCGCGGCAUGAAGUGGCUUGAGGAUCGCGGAUGCACAUGGGAGAAGAUCUCCGCCGAGCCAGGCGAUCUUCUUCUGUGGGACUCACGUACUCCUCAUUAUAAUCUCAGUCCCAAAAACAGCCAGCCUCGCUUUGCCAUCUACACAUGUUUCAUGCCGGUGGCGGACGCUACACAGGAUGACCUUCUGCGGAAGAAAGAUGCCUUUGACCGUCGUGUUGGCACGACACACUGGCCAAAUGCCAAGCACACUGGCUCAAAUGUGGCUCAGCGUGAUGGCAAGGACGAUCCUCAUAACCGAGACCGCCCGGUUAAUGAUCCAGUUCUGAGCGAACGUGCGUUCAAGCUCACAGGUAUCCCCUACAUCAAGGGCCUAUCGGCAGAUAUCAAGCAGACUACAGUGGCUACAUAG